UUGCGACAACGGAAGGAAAUUUUUUUUUUUCACAAGAUAACGACCACACGUUUACACUCUCAUCACAGGAACAGAUACGCACAACACAAAGGGGAAUUCCUCAGCGAAUGUUCCUCUGCUUUUGCUCUGCUGCUGAACAUGAGGAAUGCCGGAAACAACACCGCAGCCGCCUUUGAGACCAUCAACGCCGCCGCCGCCGCUAUAAUCACAGCCGACUCACGUGCCCAGCCGGCCGCCGCCCAGAAGAGAAGAUGGGGAAGCUGCUGGAACCUAUACCGGUGUUUCGGACACCACCGAACCAGCAAAAGAAUCGGUCAUGCAGUUCUUGUCCCAGAACCCAUCCUUCCGCCGCCUCCUGCUCCCGAUGCACAGCCUUCGGGAGCUACUGUAGUGCCAUUCAUAGCCCCUCCAUCGUCUCCUGCAUCUUUCCUCCAAUCGGAUCCUCCGUCGAUCACCCAGUCGCCCACUAAACUGCUCUCCCUCGCUGCCCUCUCCGCCCAGUCCCACUCUUCUGGAGGUUCUGCUCCUGUCUUCUCCAUCGGUCCUUACGCUUAUGAGACGCAGUUGGUGUCUCCACCAGUCUUCUCAACAUUCACUACCGAACCGUCCACCGCUGCUUACACACCUCCGCCCGAAUCUGUCCAAGCAACGACACCUUCUUCGCCUGAAGUGCCCUUUGCACAGCUGCUGGCUUCUUCUCUGGAACGAGCUCGGAAGAACGGAGUGCCCUGCCAGUUUUACUAUCCGGGAAGCCCAGGUUCUCAGCUGAAAUCGCCGGGUUCAGGUGUCUCAAAUUCCGGAACUUCUUCUCCAUUCCCCGAGAAACCCCCUGUUAGAGUCCCAGGAUUCGAACAUUCCUCGUACCGAAAGUGGGGUUCAAGGCUAGGCUCUGGAUCUCUAACGCCAGAUGGAGCGGGAUUACGUUCUAGGCUUGGUUCGGGUUCUUUAACUCCAUGCCAAGAAACUUUUCCAGUCGAUGAACAGAUAAUUGCCAAGGUGGGAAGCGCCUUUAAUUCUCCUGGCAGGUCAAGAAAUGACGAAGAUAAUGCCGUAACGAGUCAUCACAGGGUCUCAUUUGAGUUGACUGGAGAGGAUGUCGCGCGUUGCUUGGAGAGUAAAUCGGCGGCAACUUCUUUCCGGGCUCUACAAGAAUUUCCGGAUGGUGAGGCACUGGACAGCUCCAUCGAGAAUCACCACUCGGUCUCCGUUCAGUCUGCAAAGGAGUUCAACUUCGUGAACACAACCAGAGAUUAUGAUGCUAAACCCGAACCUGUUACCGGGGCCGAGUGGUGGGCCAACGAAAAAGCUGCUGCGAGGGACUCCAAGAGCCGAAACAGCUGGUCAUUUUUCCCGUUUCUUGGGCCCCAAGCCAGCUGAUGGAGUGUUUUGGCCUCUCUUGUACGUUCCAUUGACAGAAGUCGUAGGCAUAUCUAUCAAAAAGACAGAAGUUGUGAGCAUAUCCAAAAUCAAUGACACAAAGCCUCCGCGUCGAAUAAGAUCGAUGGGGGAAUGAACGAUUAUGUGACUUGUUAGGAGUGGGAGUGAACUACAUUCUUUAGUAGGAUUUUACAACAGAAUAAUAGAAAUAGCUGUGAAUUGUGUGGGGUAUUCCGUGAAAGGAACCAUAUUUUUGCCUACAGUGUUGAAUAAAUGGAAACAUCGUACUUCACCAUCGUAA